ACCUCUCAACGAAGCUUUCUCUCUCCUCUCUGCCCCGCUUUCCCCUUUCUCUCUCUAGGGCAAAAAAAUAAUUAAUCUUUUUUCUACUCUCAACUCUUGAUGUGUAUGCAUCUCGCCCAUUCUCUCUCCUCGAUCAUCAACAUCACCGUCAUCGUCGCCCCCCUCGAUCGCGCCUCAAAGCCCCUAGCCCAAACCCUAGCCGGGUCCAGAUUCUGAUGCAGCGCAUCCUGUUGCCGAUCUAGUGUUUCUCUUCUGAUCUGAUACCUUCUUUUUUGUAAAAAGCUAGGGUUUUGUACUGCGGAGAGAUGGCGAGUCAUCGGUCUAGCUUUCCGCUGAGGCUGCAGCAGAUCUUGGCAGGCGGAGGGAGGGCCGUCUCGCCUGCACUCAAGUUGGAAUCAGAGCCGCCACCAGAAGUUAAAGCCUUCAUUGACAGGGUGAUUAAGAGCCCAUUACAUGAUAUCGCCAUACCUCUUUCAGCCUUUCGUUGGGAGUACAAUAAGGGAAACUUUCACCAUUGGAGGCCACUCUUUUUGCAUUUUGAUACUUAUUUCAAGACUUACAUAUCAUGUAGGAAAGAUCUUCUUUUGUCUGACAAUAUUUUGGAAGAAGAGUUAUUUCCUAAGCAUUCUGUAUUGCAAAUUUUGAGGGUGAUGCAAAUAAUUCUGGAAAAUUGCCACAACAAGAGUUCAUUUAGUGGCCUAGAGCAUUUCAGGUUUCUACUUGCAUCAACAGAUCCAGAGAUUUUGUUAGCUACCUUGGAGACUCUUUCUGCACUAGUAAAAAUAAAUCCUUCCAAAUUACAUGUGAGUGGGAAGCUGAUUGGUUGUGGUUCUAUCAACAACCACCUUCUGACUCUGGCGCAAGGCUGGGGCAGCAAAGAAGAAGGCUUAGGUUUGCACUCAUGUGUUGUGGCAAACGAAAGAAACCAAGGUCUGUCUUUAUUCCCAUCGGAUGUGGAGAAUGAUAACGAUGGAAUCCAAUACCGUCUAGGUUCAACCCUUCAUUUUGAAUUUAACACUUCCCAGGGUUCUGAUGAAACCAGCGAGAGAAAUAAAUCAUCAAACUCGAAUGUCAUAUAUAUUCCAGAUCUGCAUCUUAGGAAGGAGGACGAUUUGGUCAUAUUGAGGCAGUGUGUUGACCAAUUUAAUGUACCCACUGAGCAUAGGUUUUCUUUGCUGACAAGGAUUAGGUAUGCUCAUGCCUUCCGUUCUCCAAAAACAUGUAGGCUUUAUAGCAGGAUCUGCAUUCUUGCAUUCACUGUUCUGGUACAGUCCAGUGAUGCUCAUGAUGAACUGGUGUCCUUUUUUGCUAAUGAACCUGAAUACACAAAUGAGUUGAUAAGGCUUGUUCGCUCUGAAGAAUCAGUCCCUGCAACUAUAAGGGCACUUGCUAUGCAUGCGUUGGGGGCCCAGUUAGCUGCAUAUGCAUCAUCCCAUGAACGAGCCAGGAUACUCAGCGGCUCAAGCAUUAUUUCUGGUGGGGGAAAUCGCAUGGUAUUAUUAAGUGUCCUUCAAAAGGCAGUCUUGUCACUCAGCAACCCAAGUGAUCCUUCCUCUCCUUUAUUUGUUGAUGCUCUUCUACAAUUUUUCCUUCUACAUGUUCUAUCUUCUUCAAGUUCUGGCAGUGCUAUCCGAGGUUCGGGAAUGGUUCCCCCUCUACUACCACUCCUACAAGAUAACGAUCCUUCCCAUAUUCAUCUUGUCUGUUCAGCAGUAAAGACACUCCAAAAGCUGAUGGAGUACAGUAGCCCAUCUGUAUCCUUGUUCAAAGAUCUUGGAGGGGUUGAACUUUUGGCUCAAAGGCUGCAGAUCGAAGUCCAUAGAGUUAUUGGUGCAGUUGAUGAGAAUAACAAUUCUAUGGUCAUUGGUGAUUCUACAAAAUGUGAAGAUCAGUUGUACUCCCAAAAACGGCUUAUUAAGGCUUUGCUCAAAGCUCUGGGGUCUGCUACAUAUUCUCCAGCAAAUUCUACAAGGGCACAGAACUCUCAUGAUAAUUCCUUGCCAGCUUCGUUGUCUUUAAUAUUCCAAAAUAUUAAUAGGUUUGGAGGAGACAUAUACUUUUCGGCAGUGACUGUUAUGAGCGAAAUUAUACACAAGGAUCCAACAUGCUUCCCUGUUUUGCAUCAGUCUGGCCUUCCUGAUUCUUUCUUGGAUUCAGUGGUAUCAGGGAUUCUCCCUUCUUCGAAAGCAUUAAUCUGUGUUCCUAGUGGUCUAGGUGCCAUUUGCCUUAAUAACAAAGGGUUAGAAGCUGUUAGGGAAACUUCUGCAUUGAGGUUUCUUAUAGAUACAUUCACAACGAGGAAGUAUUUGGUGGCAAUGAAUGAAGGUGUUGUCAUGCUAGCGAACGCUGUUGAGGAGCUUCUUCGGCAUGUAUCGUCUUUAAGGAGUACCGGAGUGGACAUAAUCAUUGAAAUUCUUGGCAGGCUUUCUUCUAUUGGAGAAGACAAAUGUGAAACUUCUGGAAAAUUCGAUGAGAACACCGCCAUGGAAACAGACACAGAAGAAAAAGUAAGUGAAGGACAUGAUUUGAUGAGUGCCAUGAGCUCCAAUGCUGAUGGCAUUAGCAAUGAGCAGUUUGUCCAGCUGUGCAUAUUUCACGCGAUGGAACUGGUGCAUCGGACAAUGGAAAAUUCUGAAACAUGUAGGUUAUUUGUGGAGAAGGGUGGAAUAGAUAGUUUGAUGAAACUUCUGUUGCGACCUAGUAUCACACAGUCAUCCGAAGGAAUGCCUAUUGCUUUACAUAGCACUGUGGUCUUUAAGGGCUUUACUCAGCACCAUUCAGCUCCCUUAGCAAAGGCAUUUUCUUCCUGUUUGAGGGACCAUCUCAAGAAAGCUUUAUGUGGGUUCAGUUCUGCUUCUGGUUCCUUUUUAUUGGCACCAAGCUCAGCACAUGAUAGUGGAGCCUUUUCUUCACUUUUUGUUAUUGAAUUCCUUUUGUUUCUGGCUGCCUCUAAAGAUAAUCGUUGGUUAAGUGCACUACUCAAUGAAUUUGGUGACGCGAGCAAGGUUGUCUUGGAAGAUAUUGGGCGAGUUCAUCGAGAAGUAUUAUGGCAGAUUGCCCUUCUUGAGGAGUCGAAGCUUGAGAUGGAUGGUGAGAGCUCUGCUAAUGCCAAUGAGGUGCAAGGGUUGGACCCAGGCACAAGUGAUUCUGAUGACCAAAGAUUCAGUUCUUUUAGGCAAUAUCUUGAUCCAUUAUUGAGACGAAGAAUAUCUGGCUGGAGUAUCGAGUCUCAAGUAUCUGACCUUAUAAGCAUAUAUCGAGAUCUUGGUCGAGCUGCUAGUGGCCCUCAGAGACUUGGAACUGGUAAUCAUUCCUCUUCACGAUUUGCAUCAAGUUCCCAACCACAGUCAUCUAGUUCUUCAGAUGCCAAUGAGGCUGGCAAAAUUGAAGAUGACAAGCAAAGGUCAUAUUACUCUUCCUGUCGUGACAUGAUGAGGUCACUUUCAUACCAUAUCAGCCAUAUGUUAAUGGAACUGGGAAAAGCAAUGCUGCUCUCUUCUCGUCGUGAAAACCAUCCUGCAAUGCCUCCCUCCAUCACCUCUGUUGGUACUACAGUUUCCUCCAUCAUGUUGGAUCACUUGAAUUUCAAAGGUCAUGUUAAUCUGUCGGAAGCCGAGGUCUCGGUAUCUACGAAAUGCCGAUACCUUGGCAAGGUUAUUGAAUUUAUUGACGGUGUUUUGUUAGACAGGCCAGAUUCAUGUAAUGCAAUUAUGCUCAAUUGCUUCUAUACCUGUGGGGUAUUCCAGGCAGUUCUGACUACUUUUGAAGCGACCAGCCAGUUGCUUUUUGCAGUUAAUAAAGUACCUGCUUCUCCCAUGGAAACAGACGAAAUAAGCUUGAAACAGGAUAAGGAAGAAGCAGAUAGUUCUUGGAUUUAUGGUCCCUUGGCCAGCUACUGUACACUUAUGGACCAUCUCGCAACAUCAUCAUUUAUAUUGUCUCCGUCAACAAAACAGUUGCUUGAACAACCUUUUACAAAUGGAAUUAUUCCACUCCCUCAGGAUGCUGAGGCAUUUGUGAAGAUACUACAAUCCAAGGUUCUGAAGGCAGUGCUUCCUAUUUGGACUCACCCCCAAUUUGUAGAUUGCAAUUUGGAGUUCAUCAGCGCUAUGAUCUCUAUUAUGAGACAUGUUUAUUCUGGGGUUGAAGUUAGGAAUGUGAAUGGUAAUACGAGCACCCGAGUGGUUGGCCCUCCUCCCGAUGAAUCGGCAAUAGCAAUGAUUGUGGAAAUGGGGUUUUCCCGAGCUAGGGCUGAAGAAGCUUUAAGACAGGUGGGAACAAAUAGCGUUGAGAUUGCAACAGAUUGGUUGUUCUCACACCCAGAAGAACCGCAAGAAGAUGAUGAACUUGCCCGAGCACUUGCUAUGUCCUUAGGAAACUCAAAUACACCUCCAAAAGAUGUUGAAACUGCAAAUGUUAAUAAUCUUGUUCAUGAAGAGGAAACUGUUGAAUUGCCUCCUAUUGAUGACAUAUUAUCAGCAUGUAUCAAACUUUUGCAUGUGAAAGACUCCUUGGCAUUUUCUGUUCGUGAUCUGCUCGUGAUGAUUUGUUCUCAAAAUGAUGGCAACUACCGGUCAAAAGUCCUGACUUUUAUCAUUGACAAUAUCAAGGGUUGUUGUAGCACUUCUGAUCCAUCCAGCAACACGAUGUUGUCUGCUCUUUUUCAUGUUCUUGCACUGAUUCUUCACGAUGAUGCUGCAGCACGAGAAGUUGCCUCAACGGCUGGCCUGGUAAAAAUUUCUGUUGAUUUACUUUCCAAAUGGGACACUGGCACACAUGGUGGUGAGAAACUUCAGGUGCCCAAGUGGGUUACAGCAUGUUUUCUUUGUAUUGAUCGACUACUACAAGUGGAUCCCAAGUUGACUCUAGAAAUCUUUGAACUGGAGCAGUCGAAAAAGGAUGGCCUUAGUACCCAACCUUCUGUUGCGAUAGACGAGAACAAAAAGAAGGAUUCACUUAAGAUGGGACCCACUUCUGGGCUUAUGGAUAUGACUGACCAGAAGAGGCUGAUGGAGAUAUCUUGCAGGUGUAUACGGGACCAUUUGCCUUCGGAGACUAUGCAUGCAGUCCUUCAAUUGUGUGCAACGCUUACAAAAGUUCACUCAGUUGCAGUUAGCUUCCUUGAUGCCGGAGGACUGCAAGCUUUGCUUAGCUUGCCAACUGGUAGCUUAUUUUCUGGGUUCAACAAUGUUGCAGCUGCAAUCAUCCGUCACAUUUUAGAAGAUCCUCAUACCUUGCAGCAAGCUAUGGAGUUGGAGAUCCGGCAUAGUGUUGUCACAGCCACAAGUAGACAUGGAGCUGCAAGGGUCACACCACGUAAUUUUGUCCAGAGUUUGUCUUUUGUUAUCUUAAGGGACCCAAAAAUAUUUAUGCAGGCUGCUCGAGCUGUUUGCCAGAUUGAGAUGGUAGGCGAUAGGCCGUAUAUUGUGCUUCUAAAAGAUCGCGAGAAAGAGAAAAGCAAGGACAAAGAGAAAACAACCGGAAAAGAUAAGCAACCUGCUGCAGACGGAAAGAUUGCGGGUGAAGAUACGGGCACUGUGGCUGCAGGCAGUGGACACGCUAAAGUGUCGGAUUCAAAUGCUAAAAGCAGCAAGUUUCAUCGGAAAUCACCUCAGAGUUUCACAAGUGUCAUCGAGCAUCUGUUGGAUACAGUCGUGACUUUUGUUCCUCCUCCCAAAAUUGAUGACCCAGCUGACGGUGCUCUAGGCAACAGUUCAGUAGCUGACAUGGACAUCGAUAGCACUGCUGCUGCUAAAGGGAAGGGGAAAGCUCUUGCUGUUCCAUCUGAAGAAAGUGAGAAUGCUAGUCAGGAGGCUACAGCUUUUCUUGCAAAGACGGUCUUUGUCUUGAAGCUGUUAACAGAAAUACUCUUGACCUAUGCUUCAUCAAUUCAUGUGCUUCUCCGCAGAGAUGCUGAAAUCAGCAAUUUCCGGGGCACUUCUCAAAAGGCACUGUCCACUAAUUUUACUGGUGGUAUAUUUCAGCAUAUUCUGCACAAGUUUCUUCCCUACCCAGGAAACUACAAGAAGGAUAAGAAGGCAGAUGGAGAUUGGAGACACAAGUUAGCAACCAGGGCAAACCAGUUUUUGGUGGCAUCAUCUAUCCGUUCUACUGAGGGACGAAAAAGAAUAUUCUCUGAAAUGAAUAAUGCAUUUAGUGAGUUUGUUGACACGGCAAAGGGCUAUAGGGCACCUGAUUCCACUGUGCAUGCCUUUGUUGAUCUUCUUAAUGAUGUUCUUUCUGCCCGCUCACCAACAGGUUCACAUAUUUCUGCAGAAGCUUCAGUGACUUUCAUUGAUGUUGGGCUUGUGAGGUCCCUGACUCGAGCUUUACAAGCUUUGGACUUGGAUCAUGCUGAUUCACCAAAGUUGGUUACUGGUAUUAUCAAAGCUCUUGAUUUGGUAACCAAGGAGCACGUUCUUUCUGCUGACCUUAGUGCUGCGAAAGGUGGAAAUUCAUCAAAGCCUAAUUCUGAUCAGAAUCAGAUGGAAUCAUCUUAUAAUGGUGGUGAGGGAUUCCAGUCAUUGGACACCACUUCCCAACCUGAUCAUAAUGAAGUGGCAGCUGAACAUGUGGAAUCUUUCAAUGCUGGGCAAACUUCGGGAAGUUCAGAUUCUGUUGCUGAUGAUAUGGAUCAUGACAGAGAUCUAGGGGGAGAUUUUGCUCGUGAAACUGAAGAUGAUUUUAUGCAUGAAACUUCAGGAGAUGCUGGAAGCCUCGAAAAUGGUGUUUCAACUGUUGAAAUUAGAUUUGAUAUCGAACAGAAUGUUGAUGAAGAUGAUAUAGCUGAUGAAGAUGAUGAUGAGGAUAUGUCAGGGGAUGAGGGAGAUGAUGUAGAUGAAGAUGAUGAGGAUGAUGAAGAAGAAGAAAACAAUGAUUUGGAGGAAGAUGAAGUCCAUCAGAUGUUACAUCCAGACACAGAUCCAGAUGAUCAUGAAAUUGAUGAGGAUGAGUUUGACGAAGAUGUAUUGGAGGAAGAGGAAGAAGAGGAGGAUGAUGAUGAUGGGGUGAUUCUCCGGUUGGAAGAGGGUAUAAACGGGAAUAUAUUUGACCAUAUCGAGGUUUUCAGCGGCAACAAUAACUUCUCCAAUGAAACGCUGCGUGUAAUGCCUCUUGACAUUUUUGAGUCAAGAAGGCAAGGCCGCACAACAUCUAUCUACAAUCUUCUUGGAAGAGCUGGUGAGCAUGGCAGUCACCAUGAGCACCCACUUCUAGAAGAACCCUCUUCGUUCCGCCACCUUGUCAGUCAAAGACCCUCUGAGAAUACAAUUGAUAUGGCAUUUUCAGACAGACAUCAUGAGAGCAAUUCUGCACGAUUGGAUGCUAUAUUUCGGACGUUGAGGAGUGGGAGGCAUGGUCAUCGAUUCAAUAUGUGGUUAGAUGAUACACAUCAACGUGGUGGGUCUAACGCACCUGCUGUGCCUCAAGGUAUCGAGGAUUUACUUGUUUCUCAGUUGAGACGGCCCACACCUGCUCCUGAGCAAGCUUCUGGCCAAGAUGCAGCAGCUGCAGUUCCACCUCAGGAAAAAGAUAAUUCUGACCAGUUACAUGGAUCAGAGGAUCAGGGAAGGGGAGAGACACGUGCAGAAGGAAAUGAAAAUAAUGAAAACAUGGUUAUACAUUCACCUGAAACUGUACCUGAUGGAGCUGGAGCUGGUAACGAUGCUGAGCGACCUGCUGCUGGUGAUGUGCAUCAAGAAGAGGACACGUUUACUGUAAGUGAGCAAGCUAUUGACAUGCAAUAUGAACGCAGUGAUGCAGCUGUACGAGAUGCAGAGGCAGUGAGCCAGGGAAGCAGUGGAAGUGGGGCAACUCUAGGGGAAAGCCUUCGUAGUUUGGAAGUUGAAAUAGGAAGCGCCGAUGGGCAUGAUGAUGGAGAAAGGCAAGGUCCAGCUGAUAGACUUCCUGUGGGUGAUUUGCAAGCAGCAGCCAGGGGGAGGAGGUUAUCAGGGAGUACAAUGCCAGCAAGCAACAGAGAUGCAUCACUGCAAAGUGUUAGUGAGGUUCCACCACAUCCUAACCGGGAUGCUGAUCAGAAUGCUACAUUGGAGGACAACCAGCGCAAUAGGAGUGGAAAUUCGGAUUCAAUAGAUCCAACUUUUUUGGAGGCUCUCCCUGAAGAGUUACGAGCUGAAGUGCUCAAUUCAAGACAGAAUCAAGUAGGACAACCUUCUGGUGACCAAUCUCAAGCUGAUGGAGAGAUAGAUCCUGAAUUUCUUGCUGCACUACCCCCGGAUAUCCGAGAGGAGGUAUUAGCACAACAACGUGCUGCUCAAAGGCAGAACCAGUCACAAGAGUUGGAAGGACAACCUGUUGAAAUGGAUGCUGUGUCAAUAAUUGCUACCUUUCCUUCAGAAAUACGAGAAGAGGUACUUUUAACUUCUCCAGAUACUCUUCUGGCCACUCUAACACCUGCACUUGUUGCCGAGGCGAACAUGUUGCGAGAAAGGUUUGCACAUCGGUAUCAUAGCGGCCCACUUUUUGGCAUGCAAUCCAGAAAUCGGCGUGGCGAGUCUUCUAGGCGUGGUGAUAUUAUUGGAUCUAAUUUGGAUAGAAAUGCUGCAGAAGCUGCUUCUCGCAAAUCUGCAGCAGGCAAGAUGAUUGAAACUGACGGUGCACCACUUGUCGACACAGAUGAUUUGAAAGCAAUAUUCAGGAUCCUUCGCGUAGUUCAGCCUCUUUAUAAAGGUCAAUAUCAGAGGCUUCUCUUGAGCUUAUGUGCACAUAAUGAAACCAGAACAUCCUUGGUGCAAAUUCUAAUGGGAGUACUGAUGCUUGAUCUCCGGGGCCAUCCUAGCAGUAAACUUAGUGUUUCUGAAUCACCAUAUCGACUUUAUGGCUGUCAAAGUUACAUUAUAUAUUCUCGUCCUCAAUUUUCAGAUGGGGUUCCCCCUUUGCUGUCCAGGCGAAUCUUAGAAACUUUGACAUACUUGGCGCGGAAUCAUCAAUAUGUGGCAAAACUGUUGCUUAGUUUUGAGCUUCCAUGCCCUGUCCUUGGUACACAAGAUCAAGGGCGUGGUAAAGCUGUUAUGGAAGAGGAUAAACCUGAUGACAAGAAAGUUUCCAUUGUCUUGCUUCUAAGUCUCUUGAACCAGCCAUUGUAUAUGAGGAGUGUCGCUCAUCUUGAACAGCUCUUGUAUCUACUUGAAGUCAUCAUGGUAAAUGCUGAAAGUGACUCUGGGAUAUCGACUAAAGCUGCGCUAUCUUCUGAGCAGCCAUCUGGCUCAGAAGGUACCUCACAAGAUGCACAUAUGAAUGUUGACACUGUUGGUGCUUCCAGGGAUCGUGAUGGGAAAGUAUCUAAGGUGAAAGAUGAUAGCAACUCCUCUGUAACUGUAAACAAUGAAAGCAAUAUUUGUUCUGUCCUUCUUAGCCUGCCACAAGGGGAGCUUCGGCUUUUAUGCUCAUUGCUAGCACGUGAAGGAUUGUCAGAUAAUGCAUAUGGUCUUGUGGCUGAAGUUUUGAAGAAGCUGGUGGCUAUUGCUCCAACUUACUGCUACCUAUUUAUAACGGAACUAGCUAGCUCAAUGCACAAUCUAACCAUGUCUGCAAUGAGUGAAUUGCACUUGUAUGAGGAUGCUGAGAAGGCUCUUCUCACCACAUCUUCUACCAACGGUACAUCAAUUUUGCGAGUUUUGCAGGCAUUGAGUUCUCUUGUUGCUGCAUUAAAUGAGAAGAAGGAUCCUGAGCUUCUUCCUGAGAAGGACUAUGCUGAUGCUCUUUCUCAGGUAUCAGAAAUAAAUGCUGCAUUAGAAUCCUUGUGGGUGGAAUUGAGCAAUUCCAUCAGCAAAAUUGAAAGUUCUUCAGAGUCAACAUCAGAUUUGGCUGCAGUGGCUGGAACUUCUGCAUCCACAAGUGCGAAUGCAGUGCCACCUCUUCCAGCAGGCACCCAGAACAUCUUGCCAUAUAUUGAGUCUUUCUUUGUAACUUGUGAGAAGCUAAGGCCUGAACAGUCAGAGGUGGUCCAAGAGCCUGGUACUGCAAUAACUUCAGAUAUUGAAGACACCAGUGCUGGUCAAAGAUCACCUGUGGUUUCUUCAAAAAUUGAUGAGAAAAAUGUUGCAUUUGUGAAGUUCUCGGAGAAGCAUAGAAAGCUAUUAAAUGCAUUUAUUCGGCAAAACCCAGGGUUGCUUGAGAAAUCAUUCUCUCUCAUGCUCAAAGUGCCUCGCUUCAUUGACUUUGACAACAAGCGUGCCCAUUUCCGAUCAAAAAUAAAGCAUCAGCAUGACCAUCAUCACAGUCCGGUGAGAAUUUCGGUGAGAAGAGCCUACAUACUGGAAGACUCAUACAACCAACUUCGGAUGAGGUCACCUCAAGAUCUGAAGGGAAGACUAACUGUGCAUUUUCAAGGAGAAGAGGGUAUUGAUGCUGGUGGGCUUACACGGGAAUGGUAUCAGUUAUUAUCCCGUGUCAUUUUCGACAAGGGUGCCUUGCUGUUCACUACAGUGGGAAAUGAUUCAACUUUCCAACCAAAUCCUAACUCAGUUUACCAGACAGAACAUUUAUCAUACUUUAAGUUUGUUGGACGAGUGGUUGGUAAGGCUCUCUUUGAUGGUCAACUUCUUGAUGUUCAUUUUACUCGUUCCUUCUACAAACACAUUUUAGGAGUGAAGGUUACUUACCAUGAUAUUGAAGCCAUUGAUCCUGAUUACUAUAAGAACCUAAAGUGGAUGCUCGAGAAUGACAUAAGUGAUAUUUUGGACCUCACUUUUAGUAUGGAUGCUGAUGAGGAGAAGCUGAUAUUAUACGAAAGAGCAGAGGUAACUGAUUCUGAAUUGAUUCCCGGUGGACGGAAUAUCAGGGUCACAGAAGAAAAUAAACAUGAAUAUGUGGAUCGUGUUGUGGAGCAUCGGCUUACGACUGCCAUUAGACCUCAAAUUAAUGCGUUCAUGGAGGGCUUCAACGAAUUGAUCCCUCGGGAGCUGAUUUCUAUAUUUAAUGACAAAGAGCUGGAAUUAUUGAUUAGUGGACUCCCUGAUAUUGACUUGGAUGAUUUAAGAGCAAAUACGGAGUAUUCUGGCUAUAGCAAUGCCUCUCCUGUCAUCCAGUGGUUUUGGGAGGUGGUUCAGGGCUUCAGCAAGGAAGAUAAGGCUCAGUUCCUUCAGUUUGUUACAGGAACCUCUAAGGUUCCUUUGGAAGGUUUUAGUGCACUUCAAGGAAUAUCUGGCUCGCAGAGAUUUCAAAUACACAAGGCCUAUGGCAGUCCUGACCACCUGCCUUCAGCUCACACUUGUUUCAACCAACUAGAUUUGCCAGAGUACACAUCAAAAGAACGGUUACAGGAGAGAUUACUUCUAGCCAUCCAUGAAGCAAAUGAAGGGUUUGGGUUUGGUUAAGGUUGCUGGCAUAAGAGCAUACACCUCGACUCUUUGUACAUAGUAUAUAGGAUGAGAAGAGGUAGAAACCAAAGGAAUCGAUAGAGAGGUAACAAGCUUCAACCAACUUAACUAGCUGCCAUCUGUUUUGCUCCCACUUUCCUGUACAAGAGAAUUUUUGUGGAAGCAUUUCAGUCUCCUCUUCCAAAUUCGGGAAGAUCAAAGCAUUGUCGAGCAAUUGGCGAUGUAUCUGUAUGUGAAGGUGAUAUUUCUGUAUGUGAAAGUGAAAGCUUGUUGAAUUCUUUUUAGUUUUCUGUUUUAGUUAGUGUAGUGUGGGGAUUGAGUUGAGGGGAUUGACUUUUGGGCUGAUAUCCCUAUACAUUAGACAAUGUAUAUCUUCCGUAAUUAUGGUUCUUUUUUAGUGGAUAUGUAUUUUGCGUUUUGCGACA